UGUCGCUUUCGCUUGCGACUUCGCGCCCGCUGUACUAUCACGACGGACUCUAUUAUCACGGCCGCGUUUCGAAACAAAAAAAUGUGCUAAUUUUUUUUUUCGGUGGUUCAUUAAUUAAAUUUAAUUCAUGAUAUAGGUUAAUACAGGUUUAUUGAGAGACAAUGUGUCGGACGGAAUGAAAUAGUGGAUUUGGAACUGGGGUACUAAGUGUUGAUGGAUGUGGAAGGGUGGGGUUCCAGGAUGGUGGCGGAGGAGGGUAAGACCCGAGCCACGGACUUCUCUAUCGCGGCCAUCAUGGCUCGCAGCGCGGAGCAGCCGCGCAGCCCCGUCGCGAGAUCGCCGCCAUUUCUCGGGCCAUCAUCGAGACAGAGUUCUCCAGCCUCCCUCAGUUCACCGGCAUCGAGCUGCCGGUCUCCCGUCCCCGAUGAAGACGUCGAAGUCGAUGUAGAGCAGUGUUCUGAUGGUGAGAGAGAAGCAUCUGACACUGCUGCACCUUCACCAGCUCCUUCAUCAGAAUUAGGCGAGAGGGAUACUCCAUCCCCAGCCCGGCCUUUACCUCCUCCCGUGACCUCUUGCAACUGCGAAGAACUGCUGUCAGUUGAUUGUCAGCUUGAAACUAAGGAACUCUGGGACAAGUUCCAUGAUUUAGGAACCGAGAUGAUUAUCACAAAAACUGGAAGACGCAUGUUCCCGACUGUACGUGUGUCGUUCGCGGGGUGCCGUGCGGAGGCGAGAUACGCGGUGUUGCUGGACGUGGUGCCAGUGGAUGGCAAGCGCUACCGCUAUGCGUACCACCGUUCCUCGUGGCUGGUGGCGGGUAAGGCGGAUCCACCCGCGCCCGCGCGCCUCUACCCACACCCUGACUCGCCCUUCUCCGGCGAUCAGCUGCGGAAGCAGGUCGUCUCGUUCGAGAAAGUCAAGCUCACCAAUAAUGAGAUGGACAAAAAUGGACAGAUAGUCCUGAACUCUAUGCAUCGAUACCAGCCGAGGAUACACCUUGUGAAGGUGCGUGAAGGAGGUGGCCUCAUCACUGAUUUAUCGAGAGAACAGCAUAGAACUUUCGUGUUCCCGGAGACUGUAUUUACUGCGGUCACAGCUUACCAAAACCAACUGAUCACCAAACUAAAGAUAGAUUCGAAUCCUUUCGCUAAAGGCUUUCGAGAUUCGUCUAGACUUACUGAUUUUGACAGAGAUCCGAUGGAGUUAAUGCUCAUGGAACAGCAGUUGCUUCGAUCUCCACUACGACUUUAUUCUGGAGCAACUGAUGCAAGCGAGGAAGCAGAGAAACGAGCAGCUUGGGCAAGGACUCCACCUGCCUUACAGUUGCUUGCACUUGGAGGCCGAGCUUGGCCAUCCGCUUGGCCUCAGCCUCUCGCACUACCGCCGGACCUCUGGCUGCAGAAACCUCCGGCGCCUCUGCGUUACUGUCCUUACCCUCCCCCCGCGCAUCCCUCUGCGCCUCCCUCGCGUUCGGAGCACGCACCGUCACCGAGACACCCUAUGUAAAAUAUUGUGACAAAAACUUGAUCCAAAGUGCUGUGAAAACGUUCGAAAACCGUUAAAGACUUGUGGACGUUAUUAUGAGUCUAAAAGGUACCUAUUUAAUAUAAGGUAAUUGUGUAAUUGAAUAUUAUUUAUAGAUAUACAUUAGUAAUUUGAAGGUUCCUACCCGAAUAAUAAUUUUAACUGUAUAGAUAGAACAAUUUAGAAAACAGUUACCUGCGUGUAUUUUUUUCUAAAUCAUUUAAGUGUCAGUCUUGAAAAAGUUAUUAAUAAAAUCUUAUUUCAAAAAAUGUACAGAUAAAGAUUAAAAAAAAAAAUGUAAUGUUGUAAAAAUAAUAACCAAAGAAUUCGUAAUCGAAUUGUACUUGUAACAACAAAUAAUUAAUAUUUAUUUAAGUUGGUAAAAAAGUAACUAUAGAUUAAUGUAUUCUAGACAAAAUAGUAUCUAUUACAUAACAAUAACUGAUUUUAAGCUUAGACAUUCCAGUUUUAUAUUGACUUUUUAAUUUUACUAAUAUCUAAAAUAAACAUUAAGAACAGAUUGAUUAAAAAUAAAACUACAAAGUUCGUUUAUGUGAAAUCGUUUUUAAAGAAUUCAAAUAAUAUUAUAUUGAUUAUGAUUUUGUUUCGAUGUUAUUUUUUGGGAAAACAGUGAUAUAAUAUAUAAUAGAAGAGUGUAAAUUUUAAGUUAAUCUAUUUAUAUUCCAUGUAUAAUAUAAGCCGUAAAAAGAUAUAUUUGAAAUAUUUCAUAAGUUAAGUAUUACUAAUUUGAAAAAAGAUGUCAGUUGUAAAAGAAGUAAUUCGUUUUUUUCUGCCUCUUGAAAAAGACAACGAUAUUACAUAAUUCAGCUAAGUCUUUAAGUCACAGUAGUCAAACUUUUGUAUAACAUUCAAUUUUUCUGGUUUUUUAUAUGAUUUUCAGUAAAUAAAUAUUAGUUAGGAAUUGAGUUAAUCAAUAAUGGAAAUAUAUCGGAUACUUUACGACGAUAAUACCUUUAUGACAGUAAAAACUUAACAGUAGAAAUAACUUAUGGAAUAUUUAGUAUAAUUGUAAAUGUCUACAAUUUAAAAUAUUCAAUUAAACUUGUAUGUACUGUAUAGUGGUUGAUUAAAUUAUUUUUGUAGUUUAAGCACUGUAUAUAAGGGGUCACGUAGUUGUUUGUAAUGAAUAAGAUAUUUUGGAAAAAGUAAUUUGUAGAGGAAAUUAUUAUGCGUACACUGCUCACACAUUUAUAUAUGAAUACAAAAAGAUUAAAAAAAAAAACAUUUUAUUAUACUAGUCUAACCAUUUAAAUAUACUGUUAUAAUAUUAGCUGAAGAUCUCCAAAGAAAAUUGAUCCUGACAUUUUAAUAUUGAGAGGAAAUGAAGGGAAAGACUAAAACAUCACACAAUUUCUUCCAUAAAACUUAUUUGUGGUGUUGCUUUCAUUUUAAUUAUUAUUUCAAACUAUUAUUUUUGAUAAUUGUCUUAAUGUAUGAUUAAACUUAAAAAAACAUUAAAAUAGAACAGUCUAAUCUAAUUUAAGUAUUUUGUAUUAAAUAA